AAACAAAAAUAAGAAUUCCUCUUGUUCUCUUCUCCGGAUUAUUAUUUCGACCCUCCCAUCAGCUUGCAGUGCAAAAGGACAGUUCCACAGUUUAAAGAAAGAAAGAAAGAAAGAAAGAAAGAAAAAAUGCAGGCUGAGAGCAGUUGUUUGAGCUUCCAUGUCAAUGGAAAGAAGGUCUGUGUAAAGAGCCCGAAUCCAAAGAUGUUGUUGGGGGACUUCCUGAGGGAAGAGAUGGGGCUGAUGGGCCUCCAGAUGCCAUGCAGGCAAGGUGGGUGUGGGUCCUGCACUGUUGUCCUGUCCUCUGAUGCAGUCAAUGCAGGGGGCAUCUGCUCUUGCCUGAUGCCGCUUUGUUCUGUGGAUGGAAUGAAUGUAACAACGAUUGAAGGUGUUGGGAGCUUGAAAGCUGGACUGUCUUCUCUCCAACAAGCCAUUGUUGAUCACUGUGGGACCCAGUGUGGGUUCUGCACGCCUGGGAUGAUAAUGAGCUUGCACGGGUUGAUAUCUGACAAGUCACAGCCAACUGCCCAAGAAAUAGAAGAUCAGAUUGAUGGGAAUCUUUGCAGAUGUACAGGGUAUCGGCCCAUCUUCGAUGCUUUCCAUUCCUCUUCUGGUGUGGAUACUCAAUUUACAUGCCCUGUAAGCAGAAACAGCCAUUGUAAGAACCACAACAUAGAUAUUGAAGAUAUCUCCAGGAGCUUGCCAGCAAGGCUGGUUAUUUCGGGGGAAGAUGUGCUGUGGAUUAGAGCAUUAGCUUUGCAAGAUUUGUAUGAUAUUUUAAGAACAAACAGUGGCAAAAGGAAAGUCAGAAUGAUCAGAGGAAACACUUCAACGGGCGUUUACCCAAGAGUCGAUUUUGAUAUAUUGGUUGAUAUAUCUCAUAUUCCUUCUUUGACGGGAACUUCUGUCAGUAGCAAAGGAAUUUUUAUAGGCGGGGCUGUCACUCUUUCUGAUCUGAUGCUGCUUCUAAAGAAACACAACAACUUGUCUAAAAGUUAUAUGCCUAUCUUUAAUCAUCUUAAACGCGUGGCAACGCCCCAAGUACGUGCUGUUGGUUCUGUUGCUGGUAACUUGAUGAUGGCACACCAACAUGCAGAUUUCGUUACGGAUGUUGGGACUAUUCUGAUGGCUGCAGAGUCGAGACUCACCAUUUGUUCGGCAUGCUCAAAUGAAUCGGAAGAAACUGUUGACUUGGAACGGUUUUUUAAAAUGGAAAUGGAAGACAAAGUAAUUGUACAGAUAUUCAUCCCUGCUUUGCCUGCGAAUUCUCAUUUUGCAACUAGGAAAGUAGCAUUACGAAAAGUAAAUUCUCAUCCUAUCGUCAAUGCAGCAUUUAAAAUUCAAGUGGAUGUUGAGACAGGUCUAGUAUUGACUGGACCAAUAAUCGUUUAUGGGGGUAUCCAGCCAUACCCCCAACGUGCUCAGAAGACUGAAAAGGAACUUGUUGGGAAGUCUUUUAAGGAUCCAGAGGUAUUCAAGAAAUGUCUCUCAGAAUUGCAGAAGGAGCUUGUUGUUGAUAGUUCAUUUGGGCAAUCCAAGUAUCGUGCUUUUUUAAUGAAUUACUUCUUCUACUAUUUCUUACUUUCCACCUAUCCCAAGGACACAAUCCCUCAUAACCUUUUGUCAGCAGUUACUCAAAUUGAGCGGCCCAUCUCAUCUGGGACUAUAAGUUAUGGCGUGGGAGAUCCUUCAGAGUACCCGGUUUCAUUGCCGAUUCCCAAACUGUCCUCAGCGGCCCAGGCAACUGGGGAAGUCGAAUACUUAGAUGACUUGAAAUUCAGUAGUCUGCAUGCAGCAUACGUGCUCUCAUCUGUAUCCAAUGCUGUCAUCGAGGCAAUCGAUCCAUCAAAGGCUUUUGCAGUUAGAGGUGUCAUGGCUUUUCUUUCAGCAGAGACCAUCGCUGCAGAUGGAUACUCCAACCAAGUGAGUGAAUAUGAAACUGUUUUUGCUUCUAACAAGGUGCAGUAUCAUGGCCAAGCUGUAGGCUUAGUUGUGGCAGCAACCAAGGAUAUUGCGAUUGCUGCUGCUGAGAUGGUUGUAAUUAAAUAUAGCGAUGUGAAGGAGCCUAUCAUUACCAUUGAAGAUGCUAUCAGGGCCAACUCAUUCUUUGAUUCGAGGGAUAUUGAUUUCGCUAAAGGAAAUGUUGAAAGUUCUUUUGGAGUUGCUGAUGUUAUCGUUGAAGGGGAGGUUUAUGUUGGGCAUCAGUACCAUUUUCACUUGGAAUCACAAAGGGCUUUGUGCAUUCCUGGUGAAGAAGGAUGCAUGGUUGUCUAUUCCUCGACACAAAAUCCUUCACAGGUUCAACAAUGCGUAUCUGUGGCAUUGAACCGUCCACAACACAAGAUCACUGUAAAUGUCAAGCGCGUUGGAGGUGCAUAUGGUGCGAAAUUGAACAGAACACCACCAGUGGCCAUGGCUUGUGCUAUGGCCGCUGAUAUAUUACAAAAACCUGUUCGUCUUGUGCUGGACCUCCAUACAAACAUGAAGCUUGUUGGUGGACGUAGUCCUUACUUAUGCCAGUACAAGGCUGGGGCAAACAGGAAUGGUCGAAUAACAGCAAUUCAAAUGAAUAUUUUGAAUAACCAGGGUGCACACUUUGAUUUUGAAUAUCCAGAUCUGAGUAACCUUCCCGUUUUUAUCGAUGGGGUGUAUAAUGUCGAAAACUGGAACAUUAAAGGACGGAUAGCUAGGACCAACCUACCAGCAUGUACUUAUAUGAGGGGCCCAGUAUUCGUGGAGACCGCGGUUAUGAUUGAAACAGUUUUGGAGCACAUAUCCCAUGAAGUUCAUGUAGAACCUAGCAUUGUCCGAGAUCUCAACAUGUAUGAUAAGGGGGAUGUAACACUUUAUAGCCAACAUCUUGCUGAUUGUAAUGCUAAACUUGUCCUUCAUCAUCUUCAGGAAUCCAGUGACUACAUCAAGCGGUGUGCAGAAGUCAAAGCAUUCAACAGACAAAACAAGUGGGUAAAGCGUGGAAUAAGUUUGAUACCCGUGAAAUUCUCAGCAGCCUGGGAAGGGUUGCAGAUGAUAUCCCUUGUCAACAUACACACAGAUGCUAGUAUUAGCAUUUAUCAAUCUGGUUGUGAAAUCGGGCAAGGAUUGGACAUAAAAGUUGCUCAAGUUGCUGCAAUGGUAUUAGGGACAAUAAUUAGGGAUCAGAUUCUCUUGGAUGAAAUUUAUGUCCACACAACCACAACUAUUGUGGCAAAUAAUGUAGGAGAAAGUGGCGGCUCUGUCACUUCGGAGCUUUGUGCGAGAUCUGUUCAGAAUGCUUGUGAAACGUUAGUGAGCCGCCUUGAAGACAUCGCAAAUCUCAUUGCAACAUCGGAAGGGAAACCAACGUGGCAUGAGCUUAUUGCUAAAGCUCUUGAUGCUGGAGUGGACCUUCAAGCAAGAGGGCGUGUGUAUCCAAGAGCCAGCCCUCUUGGUCCUUUCCAGUACAUCUCAUUUGCAGCUGCUGUUUCUGAAGCAGAGGUCAACAUUUUGAGUGGUGAAACAACUAUUUUGAGGGCGGAUAUUUUACUGGAUUGCGGGAAGAGUUUAAAUCCAGCUGUUGAUAUUGGGCAACUCCAAGGGGCAUUUGUUCAAGGCUUGGGUUACCACCUGACUGAAAAGUACAUUUAUGACCAGAAGACAGGAAGGUUGACGACUGAUGGAACUUGGACUUACAAACCUCCUUCCUCAAAGGACAUUCCUAUUGUUCUCAAUGCCUCCCUUCUACCCAACAGCUCAAACCCAUAUGGAGUGCUGAGAUCUAAGUUCUCUGGAGAGCCGCCAUAUGCCACGGCUUGCAGUGCUUUGUUUGCGGUGCGGCAAGCAAUAGCUGCAGGCAAAUCAGAAUGGGGAGAUAGUAAGUGGUUUGGAUUGAAUUCCCCCGCAACGGUUGAAGAAGUGGCCCGUGCUGCAGAUGUUCCCUCUCACAUGCUCAACAUUCCUGGAAUCUAGUGAUAUUUCUCAUAUCUUACAAAUGUAUCACAGGUGGAGUACUACAAGCCCCUCCAAAUACAGAGAAAUUAAAGUCCUGAUGCAUUGGAACAAAGAAUUCCCUGAUGAAUCCAUUUUCUUAUAAAUGCAGAUCAUGGUUUGCCGAUCCAGACCGUUUAUAUACAGUUUGGCUUUGUUGAUGCCAAAAAAAUAUAAAAAUUAAAAAUAAAAAAUAAAAAAAUCUAUUAGAUUGGAUGAUUCUAUCCAUAUGGGUUAUGAAUGCCUUCUACCUAAUGGCUCAUUUGUUGGCCAUUGAUGGAAGGUUUAGAAUUGCCUGAUCUGCGGGGAGUUUUUAUGCACCUCCCAUCCAUUGUGGGUUGUUUCGAAAUCAACUGAUGGGAUCCGCGACCGUGGGCCUUGCUUGCACAACGUGACUCAUCAGGACAGUGUUCGGUUCUAAUGCAUCUAGACCCCCAUGAAUGAAAUGAAAAGAUGAAAUAUGGAGAAGAGAAUCAUGUUUCUAUGUAUAUUGGUGUUUAGUGGUAUCAUUCAGCAUUCAUUUAGAUGGGGCCCAUAAAAACAAUGAUUGGUGCCUCCAGAAGUUUUAUUUCUAAUUUUUCUCUCAAACGAGUAUUUUCAAGAGCAAUAUCAUUUUAUAAACAGUUUGCAGGUUAAACUGCAACCUAUUGUAGGGGAUCAGCCCUCGAGAUUUAGUAA